AUGGAAACAUCCAUCGAAUAUUGGUAUGCAAAGUUUUCACCUUAUCCUCGAGUCUUCGAUCGCAACAACAGAGGCAGUAUGAAGAACAAGCCUGCCAAUACCGCUCCAAGCGAGACGACUCCCCUUGUGCAGCCAGCAGGCGGCGGCAUCCCGACAGCACAACAAUCGUCCCAGCAGCCCAUCUACCAUGGGACGAAUAGCGAGCCCUCGGGAUUCCUAGGCGGCUUGUCAACAGCGCGGUUCUGGGCCAUAUUCUCGCAGAUACUCAUGACGCAGUUUCUCUACUUUUUUGAUUCCACCAUCAUGGUGUCCUCGCACCCCGUGAUUACCUCCUAUUUUGGCGCGUCCCAGCUGGCAUCGUGGCUCUCGACGGCCUUUAUGCUCAUGUCGACCGUCUCGCAGCCGUUUCUCGGCCGCCUCUCGGAUGCCUUUGGCAGGAAGCCGCUCUUUCUCGGCGCGCUGGCCACGUUUGCCCUGGCCACGCUAUGGUGUGCACUGGCGACAAGCAUAGAGAGCCUCAUUGCUGCCAGGGCCCUGUGCGGUGUCGGUGCGGGAGGCACCAUGCUAAUGGGAAGCAUCACCAUGAGUGACAUGAUUCCUGUCGAGUCCCGAAGCACCUACCUAUCAUACAUCAACAUUGUAGUUGGCCUCGGCUCUGGCUUGGGCGCUACUUUUGGCGGCACCUUUGCCGAGACCAUAGGCUGGAGAUGGGCGUUUGGCACGCAGGUUCCCCCUCUUCUGGCGUGCCUGGCGGUCUUGUCCAUGACGAUUCCAAAUGGCUUGGGCGUACUGGGGGAGAGGGAAUCUCUCAGCCAGGUGAUAAAGGGAUUUGACGCGCUUGGUGCCUUGCUGGCUACCCUGGCUAUAUCUAUGCUCAUUCUUGGCUUGAAUCUCGGUGGCAAUAUCCUUCCUUGGUCUCAUCCAUUUGUCAUUACUGCCUUGAUGCUAUUCACAGUAGCUUUCCCAGCCUUUCUGCUGACUGAGUCGCGAGCGGCAAAGCCCAUCAUGCCGCUCAAGUUUGUUACUGUCAGGCCACACGCGAACCUGAUUCUCUCCAACUGUUUAGGCGCUCUCAUUUCGAAUGCCAUUCUCUUUAACGCGCCGCUAUAUUUUCAAGCCGUGCUCCUCAUCAGCGCCACAUCGUCUGGCUUCCAACUCAUGCUCCUUGCCAUCUUGACAUCUGCCGCCGGUGCUUUGGCUGGCAUCUUAAUCACCAAGACGCGCAGGCUGAAAUGGCCUCUUGUCCACGCUGCGGUGCUUUAUCCGUUUAGCAUUGCCUGUCUCGUAUGCAUGCAGCCAAGAUACUCCGCCACCAUACUCUUGCUUGCCCUUGUUCCGUACGCCUUGGCAAACGGGUUGCAGUUUACCACCACGGCUGUAGCAGUCUUGGCCGCGUCUACGCGUGAUGAACAGGCUGUCGUCAUGGGCGCCCUUGCCAUUUGGCGCAGCCUGGGCUUUGUCUUGGGCGUUGCGCUGAGCAGCGUCGUUGUUCAGAAUGCGCUCUUGUAUUAUCUCGGCAUUUUUUCCACAGAAUCGCAGAGCUGGAGCAACCGUAUCGGGAGCAAGUGGUGCAAAGUUAUGACGCUGCACUACGGCUAG